AAGAAGCUGAACCGUCAAAACAUAAACAGAGCAGUCAACCUUGUGUGAACGCAGUUAGCUUGCUUUAUAGUCUCUCUUUUACCAAAAAAAAGCUUUAUGCACGAUUUCAUAAUGUCGUGUAUUUACGAUCAGAGAAGUCCUAGUCGAGGCACUUAGCUCUAUUGCUGAGCAGCGAGGUGGAGAAAAUAAAUCUGCAAUAAAGAUUAGGACUAAACUAAGAAGUACGCCUCGUCGGGCCUUCGACUAGAGGUUCUCUCUCGGGUCGACGCAGGACAAAGGAGACAGAAUGGCUGAGGCUGACGGCAAAUCCACUGCGCUUAACGGUGGCUCUGAAGAGAAGGAGCCAGGAGAAGAUCAACACAAGGAGGCAGAUGCAUCUGGAAGCAAAGAGGGACAAACACAGUCUACUUCUCAAGAUGCUCCCAAAGAAACAGGAGAGGCGUCUGGAGACAAGCCGAUGCCAGAUGUGGAAGGAGAGAUGGGGGAAAACAGAGAGAGAGAGGAGGAAGAAGACACAGACAGUAUGGACGGCAGCGGCCUUUACUCCCUGACUGAGGAUGGUGAAAGAGAGAGCGAGGGUGGCAGACGUGAGAGGGCAAAGGAUAAAGAUGGUGGGAAAAGGGCAGCUAGGAAGAGGAAUAGACCUGGCGGUGGCACCAAUCACUCCACCAGCUCAGAUGAGGAUGAUGACGAGGACGAAGAAGAAGAACACAAAGAUGAAGAAGAAGACGACGACGAUGAGGCUAUGGAGGCGUGGCUGGGGGCGGAGCUCCGUGACCUGCGUGGCCCUAUAUGGCGGGCGAUCCCCUCGCUGCGCUCCAGGGAGAUCGGCAGGGACUCGCACCAGUUUGUGAGGCGUGUGUGUGGAGCCCGUGGACUCGUGCAGAGGCUAGAGCUCCAAGGACGACUGGAGAGGCACACGGGCUGCGUCAACACGUUGCACUUCAACCCCUCGGGCACACGGCUGGCUUCAGGAAGUGAUGACCUGCGAGUGGUGAUCUGGGACUGGGCCGUCCGCCGCGCUGAGCUGGAAUUCGACAGUGGCCACAAGAGCAAUGUCUUUCAGGCAAAGUUCCUGCCUCACAGUGGCGACUCCACCUUGGCCAUGUGUGCUCGAGAUGGUCAGAUCAGAGUGGCUGAGCUCUCCGCCACACAACGCUGCAAGAACACCAAGCGGGUAGCGCAGCAUAAAGGGGCAGCACACAAGCUGGCACUUGAGCCAGAUUCCCCCUGCUCCUUUCUGUCCGCUGGAGAGGAUGCUGUGGUGUUUGGUAUUGACCUGCGUCUUGACCGUCCCGCCAAUAAACUGGUGGUUGUAAAGGAGGGUGAUAAAAAAGUGGGGCUGUACACUAUCUUUGUCAACCCAGCAAAGACACAACAGUUUGCUGUGGGCGGAAGAGAUCAGUAUGUGAGGAUCUAUGACCAGAGGAAGAUCAAUGAGAACGAUAACAAUGGGGUACUGAAAAAGUUUUGUCCUUCACAUCUGGUAUCCAGUGAGUCCAAAACCAACAUAACCUGCCUUGUGUACAGUCACGAUGGUACAGAGCUCCUGGCCAGCUACAAUGAUGAGGACAUCUACCUGUUUGACUCAAACCACAGCGAUGGGGCUGACUAUCGCAGGAGAUACAAGGGACACCGCAAUAAUGCUACAGUGAAGGGGGUGAACUUCUAUGGGCCAAGCAGUGAGUUUGUGGUCAGCGGCAGUGACUGCGGACACAUCUACCUGUGGGACAAGUACUCUGCUCGCAUCGUCCAGUUCAUGGAGGGAGACAGGGGAGGAGUGGUGAACUGUUUGGAGCCACACCCCCAUCUUCCAGGUAUGGCCACCAGUGGGCUGGACCACGAUAUCAAACUGUGGGCCCCCACAGCUGAAACCCCUACAGGACUCAAGGGGCUAAAAGAGGUGAUGAAGAAAAACAAGCGGGAGCGCGACGAGGACAGCGUGCGCCACGGCGACCAGUACGACACCCAGCUGCUGUGGUUCCUGAUGAGACACAUGAGGAACAGACGGCCUCCGAGGGCACGCCGUGAGGGUGCAGACGCAGACACUGAUGAGUCCUGGAGCUCUCCAGAUUCCUCUGAUGAAGAGGAAGGAGGUCCAGACCACGUCCAGUGCAUGUCCUCCUGAGCCACACAUACACACACACACACACACACACACACACACACACACACACACACACACACACACGCACACAUACAUGCAUACAUACAUACAUACACACUUUAUUGCCCUUGAAUUGAUGCACAAAGGCAAGCACUAUUGACACACUGGCACACUCAAAAACUGAUGAGCCACAGACUUGUUUUUCUGUUUUGUUUUUUUACACAUAUACAAACUCACACAGAUAAAAACACACAUUUACUUAAACAUACUUUUGAAGCAGAGUGACAGAGAUGCUUAACGCCUGGUUUCCCAGCAGUUGUGAGUGUGCGAAUGGCGACUACAGACUGCAUACACACUUCCUCAAUCCUGGUUUUUGAGACUUGUACAAAGAGGUUUUAGUGAGUGCUUACAUCCCUAUAAACCACUUGGAGGCCCCCUUGCUUGUCCAUACAUUAUCUAUAAGCUCUGUCUAGCCCCAGAACAAUGUACUGUGCGUGUGUGGCAACAAGCGUCUCCUCUCUCGGUACCCUGUAGAAAGCUAUACGUCACCAGCACACAAUCCCCCUCUCUCUUAGUAACGCACUUCUUGCUCUCCAGCUCUCUGUGCUGACGAAGGGAGGUUCAGCUGGGAGGAAGGACGUCAACUCGUACCCUCAAUCCAUCCCCGAAAUGUGACUUCCUUUAAGAUUUGAACUCAUAGAGGGAAACCCCAGUGUGCCCCCUCUCUGCAUCGCCCCAGUCUCAUACUGAUUUCUGGCCCUGGGCUUGUGCAGCUUGUUGCAUUUUUCACACAUUUUUCUCUCCGAGGACUACUAAAUCCCUACAUGCUGCAUCACCCGACAUGCUGCCCUCAAGCUACACCCUCCCCUCGUCCUUCCACCCUCCUCCCUCUCACUGCUGAGUGCACUUUGAAUCAGGGAAGCUUUAGUUUGAGACAAAGACAAAACGUGCACUGAGUGUGUGAUUUUGGGGGGAAAGCUGUUGUCUUGUAUCCUGCAUCGGAAACCCCACGGUGAAGUUUAGUUUAUUUCUAUUGAUUUUUUUCGUCAUUUUGUUUGAGUGGGGGGAUAUUUUGCACUUCAGAGUUUUUUGACUGAGGAAGAGGAGGUUUCUUUUGCUUCCACCAGCUUUUCCUCCUCCUCCUCCUCCUCCUUCCUUCCUCUUCUUCCUCCCUCACUCUCCACCCUGACACACACCUUUGACAGGAAAUCUUAGAUGUUGAGGUUAGAUGGUGUUCCGCAUGUGCAUAGGAUAAGGACUGAUGUUGGGAUCUACUGAGGAACUCGUUUUAAAGAGCCAGAACCGACCUGGAUCAAAUCCCUCUGUGAUACUAACAUUCUCAAAUCAUUUGCUGAUCAGCAUUUUUUCAGACAAACAUUUGAACCAGGUCGCGCGUUUGUAGCCAGCACACCACUUUUGAGGAAACUUUAGUCUGUGCUGUAUUCACAACGGCUCAAAGAGAAGGACAGGGGAGGGGGCGGGGUCAAUAUGCUUGCCAGUCAUUUGUUGUGUGAGAGCGAUAAAGUCCAGCUUUUCUCAUUUUCUAUGAGAACUCUAGUUAGUUGAAUUUAUAUGUACAUAUAUAAAUAUAUAUUAAAACUGUAAAAAAAAAAUCAACUUUAGCAAAUGCUGUUUGACUUAAAAAAAAGAGAAAAAAAGAUGUCAAAACGUUUGAUUGGUAUCGAUGCAGAGGUUUAUAUUCUAUAUGAGGAAAAAGUACUUUUAAAAUCCAGAGAAAAAAAAGUUGACUUGAGGCACCAUUUUUCCUUCAGUUUUUCUUUUUAUGAAUGACAGAACAGAACCGCUGUCAUUACAAGUAUUAAAGUUCUGAUUCUCUUUCUCGUUCAAGAAAAAAAAAAACAGUAUUUCCUUUCCUUAAUCCAUAAUUUGAGACAGAUAUAUCCAGAUUUUCCCACUGGCUAUUUUUGGCAUCUUGUAUACAUAAGGCGUUUGAUGAACAAUUUUUUUGUCCACCACUGCCUGAUAUUGCGUUCUACCAGUUAAGUUGGAAAUAUGUAUGAUUCGUGCAAUAAACAAAGACAGUGCUCUUGA